AUGCCUCCCACCCGGGACCACUUUCAGCACCCUCUGUUGGAUAACGAUAACUGCUACUUGGGAAAACGGCAGGCUUCCCAGAAAUCCCCAUAUAAGACUCCGACUCACCUUGCUCAGCAACAGGAGCCAUGGAGCCACCUCAGUUCAACUCCCACAAUCAGUUCCAUAAGGCGGGACGUCUAUUUUUAUGAUCCCAAGAUACCAAAGGAUGACCUGGAUUUCCGCCUAACAGCCUUGUACAACCACCACACUGGGUCGUUCAAGAACAAGAGUGAGGUCCUGCUGCACCAGGAGACCACUCAGGAGACCCGCAGGUAAGUGCUGGAGGCCAGUGAAGAGUUCCUACGUUCUUCCCCACAGCCCCCUCCCAUAUCCAUGGCGAACAUCAGACAGUGGAUCAACCCUAAGAAGGAGUCCAUCUACAGCACCCAGAGUUCCAUAGUGUCCCCUCACACUGCAGCCACCAACGGAGGCUACUCCCGGAAGAACGAUGGGGGCUUCUUCUCAACCUAGCUUGGAGGCUUCUGGCGAAUCCUAGUGGAACACCCUGCCUGCUGCCCCCUCCAGUAAACAGACUGGUACAAGAUGAGGCCUACUGUUGUCUGUUAGCCUUGGACUGUGAGUUGCCACUUGAGUAUCCUUUAAAAU